AGAACUUGUGGAUUUUAUAAAUGCCCUUCACAAUCUUUAGCAGUCCAAUUACAUGUAGGUCAAUCUAAAUCAAAAGUAUACAUGCCUGCAGAUGGUGACUCCACUGCCAAAUGAUGGUGUGAGUCGCAAAUGUAAGGCUUCAAUCACAAUCUACUUCGUCUUUGUGGACAUAUCAGCCGUCUGCAUGCCGGAGUGGAUGAGAUCUUUGGGGAGACAGACCAGAUCAGGUCAACAUUAAUGACACAGGAAUAGACAUUUGCUUCGUAAUCGCAAACCAAAAUACGUUCAGUAGCUUCCACACAAGAACAGCUGACAGCCAUGAACUGUGUGUACUGAAGCCUAUAAUGGAUUUGAACCUAGAGUCCUCUGGAACAUCAAGACCUAUGGAAAAACAGCAAGAGGAUGUAGCUUUAAUAGAGCUGAUGAAAACUGAUGCAUCAUCUGCACAGACUUCGGCAGAUCCCAGCUGCAGUUCUGAUUCAAUACUGGUGCAUUCAAAAGAUGAAUCUCCCCGAAUUGCCAACCCCACUGAGAUACAAGAGCUGGGACUGCCCAUGUUAGAAGAGACAAGCUUAGAAGCACCACCCAAAAUUUGCUCUGAAAACAGCACCCAGGAUUCUGAACCAAAAUUAUCAGAUUCAAAGAAUGAUAUUGCUUGUACCAUCAAACCCAACGAGCCCAAGGAGGUGGAAGUGCCAUUGUUAGAGACAACAGCUUCUGAAGUAUCACCAGUAUUAACAUCCAUGGGUCCUUCAGAAUCAGUCCGCCGUAGACGCUGGCGCCAUCGAUACAGACCCCGCAGAAGGCCACCACGUGCAACCAAGAAGAUCCUAGUAUUCCUGUGUCUAGUGACCAUCCUUGCUAUGAUUGUAGUUGGAAUUUACUUUAUUGUGAGGCACUUGGAGAGGCCCAUUGAAAACAAAAACUUGAUUCCAACUGGAGGCAAUGCACCCACAACCAACUGCAAUGCAACUGACCAAGAGUUCAGCAGCACAGCUCCAAUCACAGUUUCUUUCAGAGUUAAUUCUGAGAACUUGCUAUUGGAGAUACGUAAACUUUCAUGGCAAGGCUGGCUCCCUGCAUGUGGCACAAAGUGGAAUUCCUCUCUGGGCGAACUGAUGUGCAGAUACAUGGGACAUAUCAGAUACCUGAGUUCCGAUGUAGUUAGUGUGAGUGAGAUUGAACGCAAUUACACACAGGGAUUCGCUGAGAUUACUAAUGGGCAGGACAGUAAUUUGGAAAACAUCUGGGGCUACAGGACUAACUGUAUGUCUGGAAAAGUAGUAAAACUGCAAUGCUCUGCAUGUGGGGAGAGGCACGACUUUUCCAUGAUUGUUGGAGGACAGGACGCCACACUGGGGAGUUGGCCCUGGCAGGUCACACUGUACUAUAACUACCAGCACACAUGUGGCGGGUCCAUCCUCGAUGAGUACUGGCUCAUCACUGCAGCUCACUGUGUGCACAGGUUAUCAAUUGCUCACAAAUGGCACGUAUAUGCUGGGAUUGUGGACAGACAGAUCAUUUUAUUCACCAGCCUUCCCACCUACGUGGUCGACAAAAUUAUCCACCACAAUGACUAUAAUGAUGACACUCACGACUAUGACAUUGCGCUCAUGAAGCUGAGGAAACCAAUUAUAUUUACUGCUACAGUGAAGGCAAUCUGUCUGCCAAAGUACAAUCAGCAGAUCAUACCGGGUAAGGAGUGCUGGAUAUCAGGCUGGGGACAAGCAAGUGCAGACGCUGACAAUACAGAAAAUGUUUUAAAGGAGGCUUCUGUCCCUCUCAUCAGCACCGAGAGCUGUAACAGCAGCUGCAUGUACAAUGGUGCCAUUACUCCCAGAAUGCUGUGCGCUGGAUACAGGGAGGGCAAAGUUGACACAUGCCAGGGUGACAGCGGUGGCCCUUUGGUAUGUGAGGGAAUUAAUGCCUGGCAUUUGACCGGCGUGGUGAGCUGGGGUAUUGGAUGCGCCAAAGCUAAUCACCCAGGAGUUUAUACAAAGAUUUCAGAGUUCCGAGAAUGGAUAUACAGCGUUAUUGAGGACAACUCCAUCUCUUAGAAAAUGUUCUGCAAUCUUCUGAAACAACAAGAAGAAUGCUUUGCACAGAAGCAGGAAGCAGCAGACCAGAUGGUUUCACACCCUCACUAUCUCUGGAUAUCAGACUUCGCGAACCUAUGUGAAAUUAUACCCUGUGCAAGGAAGGUUAACGAUAAUUGUUGCAUCAGACUCACCGAGUGUGGACCAUCAAUUGUUUUUUUUCCAGAAAAUGUUUUUCCCAGAUGGGACAUCAGUGGACUUUUUACAGCCUGUGUGAACGUUGUGUCAAUAACUGUUGUAAAAAGAGGUUUCUCCUCAUUAAAUCAGAUACUUGCAGCUACUUGGGUCUAAGUGUACCAAUGUGGGUAGCAUCGUUUUACAAAUUUCUUUAAUCCUGAUGAAUUUCUGGUUGGCAUGGAUAAGCUGGCUGAAAGGCCUGUUUCCAUGCUAUAUAACAGUCUAACUUUGUGACUCAAUCCAUUGUUUGACAACCUGCCCCUGUUUUGAGUCAAAUUUGUAAAAUAAGAUGAAUGAUUCUCAAACUCGAACUUCCAGUAAUUGUCCCCCCUCUCCUUCACCAUUCCCCAUUCCUGUUUCCCUCUCUCACCUCAUCUCCUCACCUGCGCAUCACCUCCCUCUGGGGCUCCUCCCCUUUUCUUUCUUCCAUGAUAUUCUGCCCUCUCCUAUCAGGUUCCCCCCUCUCCAGCCCUAUAUCUCUUUCACCAAUGAAUUUCCCAGCUCUUUACUUCACCCUUCCCCCUCUCCCAGUUUCACCUGUCACCUGAUACCUUGCACUUCUUCCUCCCCUCCCCCCACCUUCUUACUCUGACCUCCCUUCUGUUUUUCCUGUCCAGAUGAAGGGUUUCAGCUCAAAAUAUUGACUGUUUACUCUUUUCCAAGAUGCUGCCUGGCCUGCUGAAUUCCUCCAGCAUUUUGCGUGUGUUCCUUUGAUUUCCAGCACCUGCAGAUCUUCUCUUGUUUGUGAACGGUUCUCCAACCGCUUUGCCUAGAAUUAAAGCAGUGCUGAAGAUAAAAUAAAAAUGAUCUUUUUUAGUUUACAUUUCACUUCAAUUUGGAUUGCUGCAGUGAUAGAUCUUGCUGCAAAGAUACAAUAGCUCGCAAACUAAAUGCUGUCUUUCAAAUUGCCCUGUUCUUGAAAGAAAGCUGCAGCCUGGGCCAUUAACUGCAGUUGAGCACGUCUGGAAGGUGUUGCAUAAAAAGACAAACAUGUUAAAAUGAGAAACAAACAUACUGUUUCUGAUAGCCAUAUAACUUUUCUUCCUUGGUUUACAGGUGAUGGACUCCUGUAAAUUAAUCUGCCGUUAUCGGGAAUAACUAUAUGAUUGACACCAAUGUCCAACAGAAGUUUGUCAGCAAUUCUUUAAAACACAUUUCAGUAAAAAUAAAAAGUAAAAUUACUGAAUGAUUUCAGGUUAAUCCCUGCACCAAAUAAUCAUGAGGCAUUUCAUAAAGCAUGCUUGAAUAAUAAAAUGGGAAAUGUUUUGUUCUAUAAUUAGUCCAAUUUUUUUUAUUUGAAUGUGGAAGGAUAUGCAUAAAUUUCAUGGUAAGUAAUUGGCUUAAUAGCAUUUUGGCUAAUUUCUUAACCAUCUCAAAUCAAAAGACAAAUA